AGAGAGAAUGUGGAGACUGUUGUUUUUGUGGAGCUGUCUCUUCCAGUCUGGAUAUUCUAGCCCUGGAGUUAUGAUACGGGUAUCUCAGAAAUGGUUAGACUAUGUUCGCUCUGAGGGGAUAGAAGUUCUCCGUCACAUACUAAUGAAAGAAACUCUUCCAAGUAUCAAUGGCACUACACGAAUGUUUGGGAAAGUGAACUACUCCAUUUCUGGGGUUUUAAUUGAAGAAUUUGAGAUCUCGCGUGUGUCAGCUGUACCAAACCCACCUGCAGAUGUCCUUGUGACUGGUGAAGAAGCAAGGGUCAAAGUCUAUGGACGUUGGAAUGUGAAACACUGGCUCAUUAAUGACAAUGGCAGCUUUACUCUUCUGCUCUCUGGAGUAUUCAUAACGGCACGUCUGAAUACAUUUAAGGAUGCCACUGGACGACCUUCUGUGCUUCUUUCUGCUUGUCAUUCUGAAAUUAAACACGCUAAACUUCACUUGACUGGAGGAGCGAGUUGGUUCUACAACCUUUUCACUGUGUUUUUGGAAAGGCCGAUCAGGGACAAUGUAAACAAAAAGCUAUGUCCCAAAAUGGAUGAAGCUGUUGGGGUCUUGCAGAAAGAGCUGGCCACAUUUCAAGUUACUUCUUAUGUUGAUACCGUCACUGAACUUAAUUACACUCUGAUAAAUCCUCCACAUGUAGAGAAGACCCACAUAGAUUUGGAUCUAAAGGGAACUGUUCAUCCCAUCGGCUCCUCCAAGGAAGAUCCCCCUCCAAAAACCGUUAUCACUUUGCCCGAAGGAAGGGGAUCUAUGAUGUAUGUCGGCUUCUCUGAAUAUUUCUUUAACUCUUUGGGGAGAAACUACUUCCUGUCUGAUGUCUUAAAGAUGACAUUGACACAUGAACAGUUUCCUCAUGCAUUUUGGUUGCGAACAGGUGACUAUGGGGCAAUCAUUCCUAAGAUCAGGGAUUACUACCCUGUGUCUCAGGCUAUGAUACUGACUAUAAGAGCCACAAAAGUCCCUCUGGUCACCUUGACUCCCAGAAACAUCACCUUGGAAAUGACUGGGCUUCUUCAAGGCAUGGUUGUGUUGCCAUAUUUAAUCACAAACCAACUAUUUUCUUUUAGUAUGGCAGCCACUUUCAUUGCUGAUAAAGUACACCUGUCAGGCCUGAACCUGGGUGUCUCCUUUGCUAUUGAAAGGCUUAAAUUCUUUGACUUCAAAAGCUCUGUGGGCGACAUUGAUAUAGCAGCAUUAGAGAGUUCUUUGGGGCACAGUUUGCAAGAAUCUGUUCUUCAAGGCAUAAACGAUGGUCUUCGUAAAGGUAUUCCAAUGCCAACACUUGUUAACAUCAGUCUUCAAGAAUCAGCAAUUACAGUAACUCAGGGUUGCUUGUUGGUUUCCAUGGAUAUGUACUACGUCCCGUGGAGAGAUCUGAUGGACAUGGUGCCUCCUAGACAACACAUUCUUGUGUCCUGAGCCCGAUGUCCAAGUGGAUAUUGCUUUGUGCAAUUCUCUGCACAUUUUUGACAACCACCUGCAUCCAUACUUGGAUGGCUGUUGAUUUUUUUGUACACUGCAUUUUUUGUUAAAAAGACUAUUCAAGACCAUUUUUGUUAUAUUCCUUUGUUUCAAAUAAAAAUACAGCGUGACUUUUGCUGCACAUAUUUGUGGUUGCAUGAAAUAUACAACAGUAUGAAAAAAAUAUGUUUGAUUGCAAGAA